UUUUAUCCCCCCAUAAAGAUGCUUAUUAAAAAAGAAAAAAAAGGUCACUUAUGGAUCUUACUCAUAAUCUCAAUAUUUGAGAGGCAGGAAGAUUGCCACAAGUUCCAGACCUGCCUAGACUAGACAGUAAUUUCAAGACUAGCCAGGAAUACAGUCUUGGAUUUGGUACUAAUACUUGAGAAUUGGAGCAAGAGGAUCAGGAAUUCAAAGUCAUCCUCAGCAAUACAGGGAUUAGGGGUUAUCCUGGGCUAUAUGAACUGUUCCUUCCUGCCUCGCAGAAAAAUCAAACAUAGCAAGUCUCGGGGCUAUUUUGAUCAACCCAGUUCUUAACCACUGCCUUUUUUUAAGGUUUCUUAAUUUCUUACUUUGCACAUUUAUUUACCAGUCUGUAGAACUUCACAUACCACACAAUACAUAAAUUAUAUGAAAUUAUUCUCUUAUGUUUGCUUGAGACAGGGUCUUGCUAUGCAAACUAGGCCUAGUCUGGAAUUCUAUAUGUAUUCCAUAGCCUCAUAAAUAUGAGUAUAGAAAUGAGCUACCAUGUGCCCAGUGGUCUCCUCUAAUUUUAUAACUGCUUAUACCAGUAAGUAAUCUAUAACUGAUGAGUAAAUCUUCUGAUAGUUGGGCCUCAGACUUGAAUGCUAAGUAAAAUGCCAGGCAUUGAAAGAUUUGUAUUCAUUUUGUCAAAUUCCAUUCCUGUUUAGCACUGGUCCCCAAGUUCAUUGGUCAUGGCUCCUCGUUCACGACGGCGAAAACACAAGAAACCCCCACCAGAGAUCCCCAUGCUUGAAAUCUCACCCACAGAAGUGUCUCCAGUGCCUCCAACCCUCUCAAAACCUGGCCCUAGCAUUGAUGCACUUGGUUUCAUUUCCUUGGACAAUAAUGUACCAGGUCUGUCCCAGUUGAUCCUCCAAAAGCUGAACAUAAAAAGCUAUGAAGAAUACAAGUUGGUGAUAGAUGGGGGAACCCCAGUAUCAAGCUUUGGAUUUCGAUGUCAACGAGAAAUGUUCCAGAGGAUGGAGGACACAUUCCGAUUCUGUGCUUAUUGUAAAGCACUCCCUCAUGGCCUUUCCAAUUGCAAGGUUCUCCGGCACUGUAAGAGGUGCAGAAAUGUCUAUUACUGUGAUACAGAGUGCCAGAGAUCAGAUUGGCCAGCACAUAGGAAGGUUUGUCAAGAGCUCCGUCUUGUGGCUGUGGAUCGUGUCAUGGAAUGGCUUUUAGUCACAGGUGAUUUUGUGCUACCCUCAGGACCUUGGCUAUGGCUGCCUCAAGAUAUACAGAAUUGGGAUACCUGGUUUUCUAUGAGGGGUUUACAGCUAGAAUCUACAUUGAAUGCUCUUCUGGAUAGCCAUGCUAUGACCAUGCUUUGGGCCAGUCUAGGGAGGCCACAGCCAGCCCCAGAUGUCUUGCAUGGCUCUCUGAAGCGGUUGAUGACAGAUGUUCUGUCACGGCCCUUGACCCUGGGCUUAGGACUUCGGACUCUGGCAAUAGAUGUUGGGAAGACCGGGGGAAGCACAUUGCAUGUUGUUGGUGCUUCCCACGUGGAGACAUUUCUCAUUCGUUCUGGAGAUUAUGAUGAGCUUGGCUACAUGUUUCCCAAACACCUAGGCUUUCGUGUGAUCAUGGUGGGUGUGGAUGUGGGUGCUGACCUUUUACAGAGUUCCUCAUCUUUACCCCUGGAGCCUGGAACAAUUCAGCUUAGUGGCCACAGGGCCCUAUAUCAUGACUUCUGGGAGGAGCAGAUAGAGACUGGGAAUCUGGCUCAUCCAGAUUUGGUGGCUGCAUUCCAUCCAGGUUUCCAUGCCUCCCCAGGCUUGAUGGAAGCUUGGCUGCCUACCCUGCUGCUACUUCGUGACUAUGAGAUUCCAACAUUGAUUACUGUUUACAGCCAACAGGAAUUGGAAGCCUCUUUGCAGAUUCUGGUGAACUUGGACACGCAUAUCAUUGCUUGUGGAACUAAUCCUUUCGCAUCCCUCAAACCAGAACAGGUCUAUUCUAAUCCCAACAAGCAACCAGUAUACAGUAGUGCCUACUACAUCAUGUUUCUUGGAAGUUCGUCCUGCCAACUAGAUAAGAAACAACUAGAAGAAAAAGUAGAUGAUUUUUCAGUAGUUGAACCAAAUCCUAACUGAAUGCCUGGAGAAUGGAAGCUUAAUCAAAUUACUCUGUUGAUGUCAGAUUUUUGCCAGCGUUGAAACCUGUUGUUGUAGGGUAAACCUUAUUCAUAGUUGAAUUAAAGAUUCUAAACCAAUGGAUGUUAACAUAA